GGCGGCGCGGACGGCAGGCGGACUGCAUCUCCCGGCGUGCCCCGCGGCGGGCGCUGGGCCGGAGCCGGAGCCCGAGCGGCGCGGCCUGGAAGAGGCCAGAGCCCGGGGGAGGCGGCGGCGGCUGCGGCUGAGGCAGCCCGGGCAGCCCGAGCCCCGCGUCCUGGGCCAGCGCUCGGCGCCAUGAGCGGCGGCGGGCCUUCGGGAGGCGGCCCUGGGGGCUCGGGCCGGGCGCGGACCAGCUCGUUCGCUGAACCAGGCGGCGGAGGCGGAGGUGGCGGCGGCGGCCCCGGGGGCUCGGCCUCUGGCCCAGGCGGCACCGGCGGCGGAAAGGCGUCAGUCGGGGCUAUGGGUGGGGGCGUGGGAGCCUCGAGUUCUGGGGGUGGCCCCAGUAGCAGCGGCGGAGGUGGCAGCGGCGGCCCUGGCGCGGGCACCAGCUUCCCGCCGCCCGGAGUGAAGCUGGGCCGUGACAGCGGGAAGGUGACCACAGUGGUAGCCACCUUAGGCCAAGGCCCAGAGCGCACCCAGGAGGUGGCAUAUACAGACAUCAAAGUGAUUGGCAAUGGCUCGUUUGGGGUUGUGUACCAGGCACGGCUGGCAGAGACAAGGGAACUGGUGGCCAUCAAGAAAGUUCUCCAGGACAAGAGGUUCAAGAACCGAGAGCUGCAGAUUAUGCGGAAGCUGGACCACUGCAAUAUUGUGAGGCUGCGGUACUUUUUCUACUCCAGUGGGGAGAAGAAAGAUGAGCUGUACUUAAACCUGGUGCUGGAAUAUGUGCCUGAGACAGUAUACCGCGUGGCCCGCCAUUUUACCAAGGCCAAGUUGACUAUCCCCAUCAUCUACGUCAAGGUAUACAUGUACCAGCUCUUCCGGAGCUUGGCCUACAUCCACUCCCAGGGGGUGUGUCACCGUGAUAUCAAGCCCCAGAACCUGCUAGUGGACCCUGAUACUGCUGUCCUUAAACUCUGCGAUUUUGGCAGUGCAAAGCAGUUGGUACGUGGGGAGCCUAAUGUGUCCUACAUCUGCUCUCGCUACUACCGUGCCCCAGAGCUGAUCUUUGGAGCCACCGAUUACACCUCAUCCAUCGAUGUGUGGUCGGCUGGCUGCGUACUAGCUGAGCUCCUCCUUGGGCAGCCCAUCUUCCCUGGGGACAGCGGGGUGGACCAGCUGGUGGAAAUCAUUAAGGUCCUAGGAACACCAACCCGGGAACAAAUCCGAGAGAUGAACCCCAACUACACAGAGUUCAAGUUCCCACAGAUUAAAGCCCACCCUUGGACAAAGGUGUUCAAAUCUCGGACGCCCCCAGAGGCCAUUGUGCUGUGCUCCAGCCUGUUAGAGUAUACUCCAUCCUCGAGGCUCUCCCCACUCGAGGCCUGUGCCCACAGCUUCUUUGACGAACUGCGGUGUAUGGGAACCCAGCUCCCCAAUAACCGCCCGCUUCCCCCCCUCUUCAACUUCAGUCCUGGUGAACUGUCCAUUCAACCGUCUCUCAAUGCCAUUCUCAUCCCUCCUCAGUUGAGGUCCCCACCUGGCCCUACUUCCCUCACCCCAUCCUCACAAGCUUUAACCGAGACUCAGACCAGCCCAGACUGGCAGUCGGCUGAAACUGCACCUGCCCUCAGUAACUCUUCCUGAGGGCCCCACCAAUUACCCUUCCACAUCCAUCUGGGAGCCCCAAGUGGGGCUGGGAAGGGGGGGCCAUAGCCCAUCAAGCUCCUUCCCUGGCUGGGCCCCUAGACUAGAGGCAGAGGCAAAUGAGUCCCUACCCCCACCUCUAGUCCCUCCCUUACCAGCCUCACUUCUGGUGGGCUCUUUAAGAGGAUUUUAACUGGUUUUGGGGAGGGAAGAGAAGGAAAGAAGGAUGGGGGUUGGGGGUAAUGAAGACCUCCUACCCCCUUGGUUCCCUCCCUUCCCCCCAGGCCUCCACCUCUUUCCCUCCAGUGUCCCUUGUAAAUAGACCAAGCCCAGCCCAUCUCCUCUUCCCUGGCCCCCUGGGUGUAAAUAGAUUGUUAUAAUUUUUUUCUUAAAGAAAACGUCGAUUCGCACCAUCCAACCUGCCCCCUUUGCCUACAGCUGUAUCUCCCCUUCUGUCCUCUGCUCCCAAGGCCUUCUCUCUCCUCUCCCCACCCUGGAGGGCCAGGGGAGUGGGGAGAACCCCUGGUGUCUUAGUUUCCACAGUAAGGUUUGCCUGUGUACAGACCGCUGUUCAAUAAAUUAUUGGCAUGAAAACCUG